AUGGAAAAGGACAUAUCAAAGCUUGUAGCCGUUCCUAAUAUCGCUUUCAGGCCAAAAGAGCAGCAAGUCUCAUCGACGGACCAAGGUAUACCAGAAACUUCCCGGAACAAUGCUACCUCCGAGAGUGACCCAGCUGACAUUGCAUGGGAUUAUGAUGUAUACGCCGCGCCUUUCGUUCCACCAGGUCUCCAAGCAAUCAACACCGAAGUGGCUACCAUCAUCAACACAAGACCUAGACAUUUGAUCGACUUCGAGCAAUAUGUACAUACAUUCGCCGGAACAAGCUUUGUGACUCCACCCUACGCGGAGCCUGAAGAUCAUACGAUCAGAUCAGCAGCGGAUUUCCCUACGUCGCUCAAUGAGUCUACCUAUCUGCAACACUUCGACACAUCGGCUGCCAUAGAGCGUAUAGCGAAGGAGAAAGAAAAUGAAUCAUACGCGAUGUAUCAAGUCCCACUCUGGCAAUUCCAUCCAUUGGAGGGCCUCUGGGGCCUCUUGGUGCCAGGACUGAGAGAAGACAACCCACACAUUGAAAUGGGCGACGUGCUUCAGAUACGUCAACUGUAUGUUAACGAAACAGGAGCCUUGACUUUGAUGCCAAAUUAUGUGGAUGAUUACCAAUUCGGAUACAUAGGAUCUCCUUCAAUAGCAUUUAGGCCCUGGACAGUCGUACAGCACAAUGCCGCAGUCUUCGGUGUCAACCGUGCGCAAGAAACAGUCUAUCUCAAAGCAGAUGGCCUCUGUCCACCGGCACCGCCCAUGCGAAUGUUCGCUAACGUCGUCAUUCCACUGAAGUUCAACAUCCUCCAAAGCCGGCGAAAAGCUUUAGCACACCUCAGCUCGGAGCUAAGACUCGUCGGCUUCUCCCCACGGACAUAUGGCUACCCAUCCUCGAACGGUAGGCCAUAUCAUUUUGGCGAAUCGCCCGGUGGCAAGUAUGCCACACUUCACGCCGACGCCACGAGAGCCGCAUCCCACGAUUCUCAUAACGAUUGGAGUCUCCGAAUCCUGUUCCCUGAUGAAGCUCAUGGCGAAGUUCAAACUACACUGCGCAAGGUUCCCCAUCGCAAGCUUUUCGAUCGCGCUGUCAACUACGAACAAGCGCAUGCUGUGAACGAUAUAUGUACUAACGUAUAUGGGACUGUGCCUUACUUGAUCAGUGGACCGCCAGGAAAGACAAAGACUCUGGUGGAGACGGCAAUGCAACUUUUGAACACUACAGAUGUCGCACACAUGCUAAUAUGCGCUCCAUCGGAGGCUGCGGCGGAUACAAUCGCCCUCAGGCUGAAGGAAUAUCUCUCACGAAAAGAGCUAUUUCGACUUAACCGACCAGGAAGGGCUGAUAACGAGGUACCACGGGAGCUAUUGCAGUACUGCCAUAUCGAGAACGACAUGUUCAAUCUACCACCUUUCCAGGAGUUCAUGGCUUUCAACGUCGUAGUAACCUCUUGUCAAGACGCGGCGAUACUGGCAGACGCAAGAUUGACCAACAAUGACCUCUGGACUAUACAAAGGAAUAUGUCAUCAGCUUUCAACCCAGACGACCGAAUUCCCAAUCCGAAGCUACAUUGGAGCGCCCUACUCAUAGACGAGGCAGCUCAAGCUACUGAACUGGACGUUUCGCCAGCCAUUAGCGUUGUAUGCCCACCAUUCACGUAUCCGACCUCGCUGCCCCAACCACGCGUAGUGAUGGCAGGAGAUGAGAAGCAGCUUGGACCACGAACCGCAUCCCGUAACCUUCUAGUACGCAGGUCCUUGUUCGCCCGGCUUUUUCAACGACCGCUAUACGAGAACCACCCUCUCUCGCGCUCCAAGAUCAAACCCUCAUCCGGCCCACCAGUACUGAAGCAGUCAAUGUUACCGAUCACAUACCCACCAUUCACAUUACUAGUCCGAAACUACCGUUCUCAUCCCGCCAUCCUCAACGUACCAAGUGCUCUCUUCUACAACAACACGUUGAUCCCAGAGGCUCCACUCCCAAACACCCCACUCCAACAGUCCGAUCUCUGGCGCGGCCGCAAGUGGCCCGUCCUCUUCAUCCCGCACACCGGCCUCGACGAAAUCGAACGCGACAACGGCGGCUGGUACAACGUCUCCGAAGCGCGCAUCGCCUGCAACAUCGUGCAAACCCUCCACCGCUAUUCCUCAGUCAAGCAAUCAGACAUAUGCAUCAUGUCGCCCUUCGCCGCGCAAGUCAAACUGCUUCGUUCAAUGAUCCGUUCCUCCGAGUACGGCAGAGGCGCAGGACUGUGGGACGUCAACAUCGGUCCCUUGGAAGCCUUUCAAGGACUCGAGAAACGGGUCGUUGUGCUAUGUACAACGCGAGCAAGAAAGAGGUUCCUGGAUAAAGACCAAAAGACGGGCUUGGGUAUCGUAGGAGACGCGAGGAAAAUGAACGUCGCUCUUACGCGAGCGAAAGAAGCGCUGUUUGUGAUUGGCAAUGUUGAGGUUUUGGAGCAGAAUCAGCAUUGGCGGCAGUGGUUGGCGUUUUGUUGGCGGAAUGGGCUGGUUAGUGAUGAGAAGGGGGGUUGGGAUGGGAGUUCUUUGGGAGGAGAUGGAGAGGAGGUCAAGAUUGGCGUGCUGGAGAAGGCGUUGAUUGCCAAAGAAGAGCAGGGGAAGCAGAUGGGGAAGGUGUUGGGUAAUGGGGCGGGGAUCCAGGAUGUGGGGGAGUAUGAUGCUUGGGUUGAGAGCUUGAGGGAGACACUUGGGGAGGAGGAUGAAGAGGAGGGAUAUGAGGAGGAUAACGGGGAGGCUGUUGUACAGGCUGGUGAUACUGUCGCUGGCGCUGAGGAAGGAGAGGUUGUGACAAGGACUGGCACUUUGGUGUCUAACUAA